UUGGCAGGCAGCCCUGAGCUGGAGUAGAGAAACAACACAUCUAGCAGAAAACGGAAUUAUAUAAGUAUUAAAAUAUAUUGUCACCAGUAUAUUACCGAAUGUUGUUAAGUAGUUAAUCAAUGUAGCUGCGAUAGGUAACAUUAACCCUCAACAUUUCUUAGCUGGCACAAGCUAGUUAGCUCGGAGCUAGCUAUAUUUGAUAAUUAUUGGAAAGUCUGGCAAGUGGUAGCUAGGUUUCUUAUAACCAUGUAGCUAGCAAACUGUUUGUCAAUUGAUAUUUAAUAUUACAUUAGCUAACUCGACGUUAAAAUAUGUACAUUCAUUCAUCAUCAUUUGAUUUACAAGGCGAGCGAAAAUCUAUGUAUAAACAGUCUGAAAAUAGCUUCUUCAAAUGUGGUGAAAAGACAAGCCCUAUCAGUGUAAUUUUGGUUACUUCGGGUAGCCGAGGGAACAAAUUGCUCUUUAGGUACCCAUUUCAACGGGUUGCAGAUUGCACAUCAUCACUCACGACAAAACAGCGAAGUCCAUAUGCAUUGAACACUACAGGAGAUGUUCUUGAAGACCCAGAUGGAGACUCAAGGUUCUCUGACAUCAUCCUCGCCACUAUCUUGGCCACCAAGUCUGAUAUGUGUGGGAAGAAGUUUGAGCUGAAGAUAGACAAUGUGCGUUUCAUUGGGCACCCCACCCUCCUCCAGCAUCCUCACACCAUUCAGGUGUCCAAGACCGACCCCUCACCUAAGAGGGAGAUGCCCACCAUGAUCCUGUUCAGUGUUGUGUUUGCUCUGAGGGCCAACGCCGACCCGUCCGUCAUCAGCUGCAUGCACAACCUGUCCCGGCGUAUCGCCAUCGCCCUGCAGCACGAGGAGCGCCGCUGCCAGUACCUCACCAGAGAGGCCAAGCUGAUGCUGGCCGUGCAGGACGAGGUCACCAACAUGACCGAGACUGAUGGCAGCCCUCAGUCACCGUUCAGACAAAUCCUUCCUAAAUGCAAGCUUGCCAGGGACUUGAAGGAGGCAUAUGACAGCCUGUGUACAACAGGGGUGGUGAGGCUCCAUAUCAACAACUGGCUGGAGGUGAGCUUCUGUUUACCUCACAAGAUCCACCGGGUAGGGGGCAACCACGUACCCCCAGAGGCUCUGGAGCGUAGCCUCAAGGCCAUAAGGCCGUAUCAUGCUCUGCUGUUGCUGGACAGUGAGAAGGCUCUGCUGGCCCAGCUGCCUUUGGAUUGCUCUCCUGCUCUGGUGCGCCUCAUUAAGACCUGCUCUGCAGUCAAGAACCUGCAGCAGCUGGCACAGGAUGCAGACCUGAACCUGCUACAGAUCUUCCAGAUUGCUGCUCACCUGGUGUACUGGGGAAAAGCCAUCAUAGUGUACCCUCUGUGUGAGAACAAUGUCUACAUGCUGUCCCCACACGCCACAUCAGCCUGUGAGUAUCUGUGUGUGUACUCUCCAUUGGCUGAGGCGUUUGGCCAGCAGUUCCCAGGUCAUGACCUGCCUUCCAUGCUGGCCAAGUUCUCCCUGCCCCUCUCACUGUCUGAGUUUAGGAACCCACUGGAUGCGUCUGUGCAGGAGGCCCAGCUGAUCCAGAUGGUGGUGUGGAUGCUCCAGCGGCGCCUGCUGAUCCAGCUCCAUACCUAUGUGUGUCUGCUGGUCCCCCCCAGUGAGGAGGCACCAGGUCUGCUGCGGGACGAGGAGCUCCCCCUGGUGGCCCGGGUGGGGGGACGCAGCCUCAGCACGCCCAGCGCACUCAGCUUCGGAUCUCCAACCAGCAGUGAUGACAUGACCCUGACCAGUCCCAGUAUGGAUAACUCCAGUGCAGAACUGCUUCCUGGUGGAGACUCUCCACUAAACAGGAGGAUGACCGAGACGUUACUGGCCAGCCUGACAGAGCACGAACGCCAAGUCAUCCUCAAUAUCCCAGCUGCACAAAGUCCUGAAGACCUGCGCAUGUUUGCCAGGCUGCUGCACUACUUCCGAGGGCACCAUCACCUGGAGGAGAUCAUGUAUAAUGAAAACAUGAGGCGAUCUCAGCUGAAGACCCUCUUUGACAAAUUCAGAAGUGUUCUGGUGGUCACCAACCAUGAGGACCCUGUCAUCUCCCUCUUCCAGUCUCCUCUGGAGUAGAGGUCUGUCAUCUCCCUCUUCCAGUCUCCUCUGGAGUAGAGGUCUGUCAUCUCCCUCUUCCACUCUCUUCUGGAGUAGAGAGGUCUGUCAUCUCCCUCUUCCACUCUCUUCUGGAGUAGAGAGGUCUGUCAUCUCCCUCUUCCACUCUCUUCUGGAGUAGAGAGGUCUGUCAUCUCCCUCUUCCACUCUCUUCUGGAGUAGAGAGGUCUGUCAUCUCCCUCUUCCACUCUCUUCUGGAGUAGAGAGGUCUGUCAUCUCCCUCUUCCACUCUCUUCUGGAGUAGAGAGGUCUGUCAUCUCCCUCUUCCACUCUCUUCUGGAGUAGAGAGGUCUGUCAUCUCCCCCUUCCACUCUCUUCUGGAGUAGAGAGGUCUGUCAUCUCCCCCUUCCACUCUCUUCUGGAGUAGAGAGGUCUGUCAUCUCCCCCUUCCACUCUCUUCUGGAGUAGAGAGGUCUGUCAUCUCCCUCUUCCACUCUCUUCUGGAGUAGAGAGGUCUGUCAUCUCCCCCUUCCACUCUCUUCUGGAGUAGAGAGGUCUGUCAUCUCCCCCUUCCACUCUCUUCUGGAGUAGAGAGGUCUGUCAUCUCCCCCUUCCACUCUCUUCUGGAGUAGAGAGGUCUGUCAUCUCCCCCUUCCACUCUCUUCUGGAGUAGAGAGGUCUGUCAUCUCCCUCUUCCACUCUCCUCUGGAGUAGAGAGGUCUGUCAUCUCCCCCUUCCACUCUCUUCUGGAGUAGAGAGGUCUGUCAUCUCCCCCUUCCACUCUCUUCUGGAGUAGAGAGGUCUGUCAUCUCCCCCUUCCACUCUCUUCUGGAGUAGAGAGGUCUGUCAUCUCCCUCUUCCACUCUCCUCUGGAGUAGAGAGGUCUGUCAUCUCCCCCUUCCACUCUCUUCUGGAGUAGAGAGGUCUGUCAUCUCCCCCUUCCACUCUCUUCUGGAGUAGAGAGGUCUGUCAUCUCCCCCUUCCACUCUCUUCUGGAGUAGAGAGGUCUGUCAUCUCCCCCUUCCACUCUCUUCUGGAGUAGAGAGGUCUGUCAUCUCCCUCUUCCACUCUCCUCUGGAGUAGAGAGGUCUGUCAUCUCCCCCUUCCACUCUCUUCUGGAGUAGAGAGGUCUGUCAUCUCCCCCUUCCACUCUCUUCUGGAGUAGAGAGGUCUGUCAUCUCCCUCUUCCACUCUCCUCUGGAGUAGAGAGGUCUGUCAUCUCCCCCUUCCACUCUCUUCUGGAGUAGAGGGUAGAGAGAGUAAACAGGUCUGUCAUGAGGUGAGGGACCCUUUCUGAAAUACCAGACGGACAGAAUGAUACGGACUGCUGCUGUACAAAGGCCUUAUUAUGGUGCUCAUUACUUCUAGCCAACUGUACUCAUAUCAAUGCUACCCAAAACAAUAAGAUUUCUAAAAGAAUAACUGUCUGCUCUGCUUAGGGGACUGGGAGUGAAUAUAUGGAGCUUUUAGAUGAUUUAAUUUGUCCCUUUCUCUCUUAGAUGUUUUACGUUCAAUGCCUUGUUUUCAAUACUACUGUACAUGAUUGAAUAACAGUGUGUGAAGAGCUUUAGUGAUACCUAUAAAUUGGGCAGUUUAAACACAGUACUCCA